AAUGAUAAUAUGUUAUUACCAUUAUUUGGUAUCACUCAACAUCCAAAAACUUUGGAAUACAUGAUUGUAACAAGUUACGCUGAGGGUGGUAGUUUGAAAAAUAAUUUACAAUAUAUUCGUAAAUUAAGUUGGAAAGAACGUUUGGAAAUUUUACGUGAUAUUGUUUCUGGUCUGGCUAGUCUUCACCAAGCUGAUUUACUUCACAGAAAUUUACAUAGUGGUAAUGUUUUCCUCUUUAAAAAUUAUACUAUGGUUGGUGAUCUGGGUUUACCUCAACCCGUUGGAUGUUACACUUCAAAUCAUGAGAAAUUUUAUGAUUUCCUCCCUUACAUUGCUCCUGAAGUACUAAGGGAAUAUUUUGAUGAUAAUAUUAAAGACAUUGAAGAUAAAAAUAUUCAAUUACCUAUCAUGCAAUUUCAACAUGCUGACAAAAUAAUUCGUGCUCAGUCUAAACAUUCGAGUACUAGCAGUAAUUUCUAUGCUCCAUAUUAUACAAAUUUCAACAAUUUUUCAAGUUACAAAUCUUCUUCUUCUACUACUUAUGACAAUAAAAAAGACCAAUCCC